ACUAUCAAAAACUAGAAAGUAGAGACAAAACGAAACUGUGGAAGAAGGAAGGAAGGAAAGAAGUAAACAAGGGGGUGGUUCUGUUUUGGUAGAGACCAUGUAAAUGUAUGGGUCGUUCUCGUUGGAUCUGAAUCUGUAAACAAAGAGGGAAAGAGGAAAAGGAGAAGAAGGAGGAGAUCAUCAGAAGUAUUCCAAGAAGAGGAAAAAACGCAACAGGAUUCGUGGAAACCUCCGUAAACUUGUGGUGCUACUGCUUGGGCUUGCAAUCGCUGUCGCUACCAUAAAUAUAACGCGAAGGAUGCUCUCUGUUAGCGCCAAUCGACCUCUUUGGAGGGAAUUGUUUACAUAAGACAACUACAUAAGAAAAUGGUGCUGGGUAGAAUUGUGGAUUUUAUUUCCGCUGCAUCAAGUCGUUUGUUGGCCCCACAGUCUUCUUCUUCUUCUUCUACAGUACCGUAUGUAGCGGUCGGAAUGUCGCCUCUACCGCCCUCUGCUAAUGUUUUUGGUUUCGCCAACAACAACAACAACAACAAUCUCAGACACUCUUCCUCUCUCCAGGACUUCUCUGCUUAUCGUCAACUUGACCCACAAGGAAGUGAUCUCGUCAACCACUUAAAGUAUCCACAUUCGUUGCAGAGAGAAAAUGCUGGCUCUAGCUUCUCGAAACAGAAGGCAUUGCCGGGAGGAACCCCGUCUAAGCGCGCCAAGUGGGUGCGACUUCUCAUGCUUAUCCUGUGCCUCUUGCUGUUGGGUCUUCUAAUUUAUAUGAUUUCGCUUUAUGUUUAUUCUUAUUGGUCUCAAGGAGCAUCCAAAUUCUACGUUGUGCUCGAUUGUGGAAGUACCGGAACUCGAGUUUAUGUAUAUCGAGCAUCUAUCGAUCACAACAUUGCUGGAACUCUUCCUAUUGUCUUGAGUUCUUUAGCGGAAGGUCUUCGCAAGAAGCCUAGUUCACAGAAUGGGCGUGCUUAUGAUCGAAUGGAGACUGAGCCUGGGUUUCAUAAGUUAGUGCGCAAUGCGUCUGGCUUGGGGGCCGCAAUUAAGCCGCUUGUUCAGUGGGCAGCGAAGCAAAUCCCCAAGCAUGCACAUAAGACCACCUCUCUCUUCUUGUAUGCCACAGCUGGGGUUCGCAAGCUGCCGACUGCCGACUCGAAAUGGCUUCUAGACAAUGCGUGGUCCAUUCUCAAAAAAACUUCACCCUUCUUGUGCCAAAGAGAGUGGGUGAAGAUUAUCAGUGGCCCAGAGGAAGCUUAUUACGGAUGGAUAGCACUUAAUCAUCGCACAGGUAUGUUGGGGGCCACACCAAGAAAACCAACCUUUGGUGCGCUUGACUUAGGUGGGUCGUCGUUGCAGGUUACAUUUGAGAGCAAGGAGCAUGUACAUAAUGAGACUAGCUUAAACCUUAGAAUAGGAGCUGCUAAGCAUCAUCUCACUGCCUAUUCUCUCUCGGGCUACGGUUUGAAUGAUGCGUUUGACAAGUCUGUGGUUCAUCUUUUUAAGACGGUUCCAGAAACCAGUAAGAGAGAUAUAGUUAAUGGGAAAACAGAACUGAAGCAUCCUUGCUUGCAUUCUGGGUACAAGGAGCAAUAUAUUUGCUCACAGUGUGCUUCGAAUUACCAGGAAGGUGAGAGCCCUGUGAUUGCAGGAAAAAAUCUGGGUAAAGGAGGAAAGUCAGGCAUUGCUGUGCAGCUGCUUGGUGCUCCGAACUGGGAGGAAUGCAGUGCGCUGGCAAAAGUUGCUGUUAAUUUAUCUGAAUGGUCAAGUAAAAACCCAGGCAUUGACUGUGAUUUGCAGCCUUGUGCUCUUACUGAUAGUUUUCCUCGUCCUUAUGGCCAGUUCUAUGCGAUGUCUGGCUUUUUUGUGGUGUAUCGGUUUUUUAAUUUGACUUCAGAAGCCACACUAGAGGAUGUUUUGGAAAAGGGUCGUGAAUUCUGUGAAAGAACUUGGGAAGUUGCAAGAAAUAGUGUUGCACCUCAGCCUUUCAUUGAACAGUAUUGCUUUAGGGCACCAUAUAUUGUAUUACUGUUGAGAGAAGGCUUGCAUAUUACAGAUAGCCAGAUCAUUAUUGGUUCUGGAAGUAUUACUUGGACUCUUGGAGUUGCCCUUUUGGAAGCUGGGAAGGCAUUUUCAUCUAGAAUGCGGCUUCGCAGUUAUGAAAUACUCCAAAUGAAGAUAAACCCAAUAAUCCUUAUUGCCAUUUUGUUUAUUUCGUUGGUGCUCCUAGUUUGUGCAUUAUCAUUUUUUGGAAAUUGGAUGCCAAGAUUUUUUAGGAGGUCAUAUCUCCCACUUUUCAGGCAUAAUAGUGCGUCGAACACAUCUGUUCUUAACAUCCCAUCUCCUUUUGCAUUCCAGCGUUGGAGUCCUAUCAGUUCCGAUGGAAGAGUGAAGAUGCCGCUGAGUCCAACAGCCCAAGAAAUACCAUUUGGCUUUGGACGGGGUCUCAGUGGCAGCAGCAGCAGCAGCAUCCAGCUCAUAGAGUCUUCCUUAUACCCGUCAGCUAGUAGUGUUUCACAUAGUUACUCCUCAAAUAAUUUGGGGCAGAUGCAAUUUGAUGGCAGUACAACGAUGGGUUCCUUCAGGUCCCCUCACAGAAGUCAGAUGCAUCUUCAAAGUCGAAGAUCACAAUCUCGAGAAGACCUUAAUUCUUCACUAGCUGAGGCACACAUGGUGAAGGUCUAAGGCUGUGAUUUUCCAGAAACACUGCGUGUAGAAGUAGUUUUGUGAAGGAUUAUUGUGGGGCUAAUGAUGAGCUGGUCUGGUCACUGAUUUCAGCAGAUUCUGGCCGGCAGAGAUUUUAACACUUGUUAACUGGAUUCUUUCACAAAUUACCCAGUUUAAACGCUUGCCUUGGGAUGGGAUUCUGGCCCAUGGUUUUCUGCACCAGUGGUUAUGUUAUCAGUCCAUGUUCUGCCACUCCUAUCGAUCAAGUUUUGGAAGCCCCCCAAAUUUUCAAGUAUUAACAGUCAAUCAGAGCAAGCCGUUGACAAGUAUUAGGGGAAACAUUUGCUGGACGACUGAGAUUAAUGAUUCCAUAACAUAUUUUCUUCAUAUCAUUUUAGUCUAGACCAGGGUAAGAUGUCACUUCUUCCUUUCUUUGGUUAAGCAUGUGAUGAGACGAAUUCAUUGAAGAGAUGUAUCCUGGGGAGCAAUCAUUUAAUAACGAUAUACACAAAUCACCUCUUA